AUGUUAGCAAAUCCAAAUUGUGAACUUGAAUUAAAUUUUAUUCCAUAUAACACGCUUGGUCAAUGGUACAAAUCAGUCAGAAUCAAUAAAAGUCAAGAGCGAAUUGAUGAUGAUGGAGAUAGUCUUCAAAUAACGGAAAUCUGUCAAGUUAAUAAAACAUUAGAUGAAAUUAAUGAUUCUUCACAAACAAUGAGUCCUAAACCAACUGCAUCACCAUUAACUAUAGACGAAGAUUCUCAAGAAUCAGCACGUGAACGUCAAACGCCAACAGCAUCAUCAUCAAAAAUGCAUAUUAUGGAAUGUGAUGGAGAUGGAAAUACAAGUGAUGUAACAUUGGCUAAUCUAAGAUUACUUGUUGAAUUAUUUAAUUUAUUCUAUGAGUAUGGACUAAAUGUUCAACAAAUAUUAAUUGAUUUGAGUGAUGUCAUAAUCCCGUUACACCCGGUAACAACUAUUUCUUAUUGCUACUUUAUGUUAUCCAUAUAG